GAAGAGUCCAUCCCCGUGCCGAGCACCGUUGCGCCUCUUCCUCUAUGGCAGCGUCUCGGUCCUCUGACGGCUGCGGCGCGGGGAUAUGCUAGGUCGCAGACAAAGAGGCCGCUCACGACGCAGGUCAUCACGGCGGUGGUCAUCUACAUUGCUGCGGAUUUGAGCGCUCAGUAUGUCAGUGGGAAUGAGUAUGAUCCUGCUAGAACAGCGAGGAAUGCCGUCAUUGGUGCUACUGCUGCGAUACCCAACUACAAAUGGUUCAUCUUUCUCUCACACAACUUUAAUUACUCAUCGCGUAUCCUCUCAAUCGGCACCAAGGUUGCAGUGAGCCAAGUAUGCUUUACACCAAUCUUCAACACCUUCUUCUUCGGUUCUCAAGCCAUCCUCUCCGGCGAGAACCUCGAGGGUACUGUCGAGCGCGUCAAGGACACGGUGCCCACUAGCAUCGUCAACUCGUGCAAGCUAUGGCCCGUCGUCACAGCCUUUAGCUUCACCUUCCUCCCACUGGACUACCGACCACUGUUCCACGGUGUCGUCGCUGUGGGUUGGCAGACGUAUCUGAGCUUCCUGAACAGGCAGGCUGAGAUGAAGGAGGCU